AUGCUCACACUGAACAUUGACUGGUUUCAGCCAUUCAAUGGUGUUAUCUACUCCUGUGGUGCCAUAUAUCUUGCAAUCAAUAAUCUUCCACGCAGUGAGCAGUUCAAGGAGAACGUAAUUCUUGUUGGGUUAAUGCCAGGGCCUAAAGAAGUGAGCACUUCUGACAUAAAUAACUAUCUGAAACCGCUUGUGGAUGAGUUGAUGGAGCUGUACAAAGAUAUUAAGAUUAAGACUCACCAAUCCCUUCUCAUGGUUGCCUGUGAUAUACUUGCUGCAAGGAAAGUAUGUGGGUUCACAUCCCAUACAAGUACAAAUGCAUGCCACAAGUGUAAGCGUCAAUUUUUGAGGUUGGCUGGAACGAGUUCCAUUGAUUAUUCUGGAUUCGAUUUCUCAAAGUGGCUCCUUCGCACUAAGAAUGACAAUCGUAAGGAUGCAGAGAUCUGGAGAAAUGCAACCAAACCAACUGAGAGACAGUGUCUUGAAGUUGCACAUGGUGUUCGCUGGUCCGAACUGCAUCGUCUUCAGUACUUUGACAUUGUCCACUGUACGAUCAUCAAUCCCAUGCACAAUCCUUUCUUAGGCACUGCCAAAAGAAUGCUGGAGAGAUGGGUUGCGGAUGGAUUAAUCGACGAUAAAAAACUCGUUGCCAUGCAAAAGACUGUUGAGAAGUCUCCUGUGGUUCUAAGGGAUGUGUUGCCGUUGCCAGAGUUCAAGAACUGGAUAGAGUUUGUUAACGCAUGCAGAUACUUCACCAAGCCUAGUGUUUCUGAAGAAGACAUUGAGAAAGGACACAAAUGCUUAGAAGAAUUCUGUAAAGGGUGUGAGACAUUGUACAACCUGGACCUUCUCUCUCCCAACAUGCAUCUGUAUCUGCACUUAUGCCAAACAAUGAUUGACUUUGGGCCCGUCUAUGACUAUUGGCUUUUCAGCUUUGAAAGGUACAAUAGUGUCCUGAAAAAUAUCCAAACCAAUCGAAGAAACAGGUUCGAAUUGACAUUUAUGAGACAGUUCAUUGAAGAGUCGUGGAAGAGAGAUUUUAAUCUUUCAAUGACAAUUUGUGGAAACGAGCCCCUGCCACCAUCCGCCUUGCCAUUGAAAACAAGAUCAUUAUCAUUUAUGCCAAAACAUGAAUAUGAUUGUCUUGUAGGAUACUAUCAAGCUGCGUACAAGAAUCCACAGAUCUCAGGUUGCAAAGAUGUAAUUGAUGACCCACCUUUCGUCAAUGACUGGAUCGAAAUGGUGAAGUCUGUUGAUCUUAUUGGGCAAAGCUACAAAGGGUGCAUUGGCACGAAUGACCAUGGAUCAUAUAUACAAGCAUAUUUCACUGAACGAACUGGGUUGGAACAUGCGUAUAUUGGAGAUAUUCAGUAUCUUUUUGUUCACAAUUUUAGGCCAACUGUUUCUUCUCUAACAUACAGAAAUCCCCAUAGUAGUCAGCAUGUAUUUGCAUUUGUCAAAUGGUUCAAAUCCACUUCGGACAAAACAAGAGAAUUAGAAGGAGUUGAGUUGUUACAGGAUGAAUUCUACAAGCAAGAUUUUCAAAGCAUCCUGCCAGUACAUCGGAUUCUCCUAACAGUUGCAAUAGUAGAUUAUAAAACUACAAAAAACGUCAACAAAAAACUUGCGAUUCCUUUACCAAAAAAAAUUUACUAUUAA